AUGCUGUCCCAGGCGAUCCUGCAGCUACAUGAGAGUGGCACCCUGAAAUGGCACAUCGUCAAGAAGUGCCCGAAGGAGGCGGCAAGCGCGUUCAAGGGCACCUCGGCCCUUGGCUUGGCGAACGUGGGCGGCGUCUUCGUCGUCCUGUUGACCGGCUCCUGCGUCGCCUGCGUCACGGCAGUCGUCGCGCUCUUAUGGCGCUCUCGCAAGGCGCUACCCGAGGAAAGGGAACCCGUGUGUAUGGAACUGUGCCGCGAACUGCGGUUCACGCUGACCUGCGGCGGUAAGAAGCCCAUGCGCACCAAGGGCGACGACCGGGUGCCACCGGGUGCUGGCAGCGGCGAGAACGGGCUGCCGUUCAUGCCUUUGGCGGGCUACGGCGCCGUCGUCUCCAAGGACAGCUUCUCCUGA